AUGUUGGACGCAAAUCUAGAUCAAAAGCAUUCAGCUGAUGACUUAACACUGAUUUUAUUCCUAAAUAACAGAUAUGCUGCGCUUCAUUUUAAAGAGGGAGCACAAAUCAAAGCAGGAGCCGCGAGAGUGUGGGUACCAUCAAACGAGCGGGCUACUAAUUUCUAUUGGCCAGAGAUGCCGGCGCGCUCGCGGAGAAGUGGGGAUCAAUGCGCCUUCAUGGAUGUGCAUCGUUUAAUGUGCUUAGAACUUAAGAACUUUGUGGACAGAAUCUCACAGAUAUUUCCAGCAAUUGAGUCUGCUCGGCCUCGAUGUACUUCUGGAUUACAGGUGUUAUGCUCUUUGGUUGUCACUAUGGAUAGAGCAAAGUUACUUAUCCAAUGCUGUACCAACUCCAGUAAACUCUAUCUGGCAAUCACGGCAGAUAGGAUGCUCUUGAGAUGCAAAAGCAUACAGAAUGCUUUGGAAUUAUAUUUAGGCCAAAUUGAAAAUAUGGUUCCAACUUUGCUGGCUGCCAAGAUAUCUGGAAUUAUUGAAGACCUCAGGAGUGCAGAGUUUCACUUGGAAUCUUCUGAGGAAGAGGCGGGGAAGAUUGUACUAGCACUGAUUAAGAAGGAUAUACCUGCAUCAGACUGUAUCAAAAAUUCAGAAUUUGAGGCUCUUCAACUAGCAGCUUUGAGUCUGAAAAUUACAUCCCCGUUGGCUGUUUUGGAAGAGAAAAGGUCCAUCGAGAGACUGCUUGAUAAAGUUCGUCAAAAUGACCAGAAAAAGGAGAUGAUUUUGAAGUAUCUGCUGAAUCUUUUAAGGAAGUACGGAGAAUUAAUUUGGCAAGAUCAAACCAAGAACAAUCUUUCUAUUCACAAAGAGCCAAAAUGUCAGUCCUCUUAUCCAGAAGCAUUUUUAGAUUGGGAUGGGACACGAGUAGACAGUACACCAAAACCUCCCAGUGAAUUUGAAUGUCCCAUCUCUAGGAGACUAAUGCAUGAUCCUGUAAUUAUUGAAUCUGGGAAAACUUACGAACGAGUUUGGAUUGAGAAAUGGUUUAGUGAGGGUCAUGAGACAUGCCCAAUCACUAAUAAUAGGCUGGAGAAUCUGUCCCUGACUCCAAACUUUGCAAUGAAGGGCCUCAUAUCAAAAUGGUGUUCCCAGCAUAAAAUCAUUGUUUCUGAUCCAUGCCGACAGUCAAACUUUGCUCCAGUUUCCUCACCAAAAUCCUCAUCCCCCAAAUCUAUUGCUAGCUUUGGCAGCUCCAUGAAUGACUUGCACCUUGGAGUUAGCUCCGUGUCGCUUCGAUCUUCAGAUACAAACUAUGGUUCACAUUUAAUUGAUGAUGAUGGUAACACUGGCCCAAGUGCUAGGCUCCCUGAAACGAAAGAAGAAGUUUGCACAAGCCACUCACCAACAAAUGGUUGUAGGGCUGGCUUGGCCUGUCUUGCCAAAUUAGCUUCACUUCCAUGGAAAUCCCAUUGCAAGACAGUGCAAGAUGUUAAAGAGGAACUGAAUAAAAAUGAGCAAGUAUGUGAUUCCAUGUCUUCUGACAUUUAUAUGAAAUCGCUGCUUAAAGUUUUGAAGAAUGCGCAUGAUUUGUGUGAUGUAAGAGCCCAGAAAGAGUCGGCAGAACUGAUUUUGGCAAUUUUAAGUGAAGACAGAAUUAAAAUGCCUACUUUUGAUGAAGAUUCAAUAUACUUGUUAGCAUCAUUUCUUGAUUCUAAAAUUAGUGGAAAAGCUCUUGCAAUCAUGGAAUGGCUGUCGCGCCAUCAGUUUUACAAGUCUGAAAUUAUAGCAUCUGGAGUUCUACCUUCGAUCCUAAAAAUCUUGGACACUCAGAUUACUGAAUUCCAUGAGCUUGCUGUGAAGAUACUUUGUAAUUUGUCUUGCAACAGUGACAUAGCAUACCACAUUGUCUAUUUAGAUUUCCUCCCAAACUUGGUUCCUUUUCUACGUGACAGUCUUUCAGGCUAUUGCCUUACUGUUCUGAAGAACUUAUGCUGUAUCGAGGAGGGCAGGAAUGCAAUUGCUGAAAAUGAUUCAUGCAUCAAUUCAAUGGCCAAACUUCUUGAAAGUGGCACCCAGAUGGAACAAGAACACACAAUCGAAGUUCUCUCUCUAUGUUACGAGGAGCUUCAGUGUUGUCAACUGGUCAAUGAAGGAAGCAUCCCCCAAUCAUUGUUCAGUAUAUCUGUCAAUGGGACUUCAAGAGGACAAGUCAUUGCCAUGGAAUUGCUCCAGCUCUUAGGGCAUGUUACAGAAGGUGUUGUCGCAGAUUGCUCCACCUCUGGUGCUAGUUUUGACUUGACCACAAACAGCUCAAGCGGCAACAGCAAUCGCGAUAAAGGGGACAAAUCAUCUGGAUAUCUGAGAAGGAAAAUCUCAAGAUUCUUUCAAUAG